CGCACAUGGAAGUUAAUAAGGGCAGUUGGUUUUCAGAAGAUGUCUCUACAGAAAUUGUGCCGGUAUUGUCGCACAUUGCGACCGUUGUCACUUCAAAUCUUUAAUCGAGGUAGCAAGCCAUCAUUAGAUAGAUGCCUAGUUUCCUUAUCAGUGCGACAACACCCACAUGGUUUUGUUCCUGGGAUACUUGUAAGGCAGCCUUCAGAAGUUGUGGUUACAAACCCCAAGUUGUUUGGUACUGGCAGUGGAAAAGAGGAGCUGUCAGAGAUGAUGUUUGACCAGCUGUGCACAGAGACAUUGGACAAGCUGGCAGAAAACCUGGAAGAGCUGGCAGAAAGGCUCAGUGUUCACCCUGAUUAUGAUGUGGCACUUUCAGAUGGAGUGUUGACCUUGAAGUUGGGAGGCACCAGUGGUACUUAUGUCAUCAACAAACAGACUCCUAACCGACAGAUUUGGCUCUCCUCCCCAUCAAGUGGGCCUAAGAGGUAUGAUUUCAGCGAUGGACAGUGGGUGUACAAGAGAGACGGAAAGUCAUUACAGGCUCUCCUGUCAGAAGAACUCUCAGUAAUAUACAACUAUGAUAUACAGUUAGACCAAAGCAGCUGAUGCUAACAUGUCAGUGGUGGGUAGAUUUUGUUAUUGUUCCAGAGAAAUAAACUGUCAGUCAUAUUGAUAAUGUAAAAAUCCGUAAAGAGAUUCUGAUGAUGGAAUGGUCCAGGUAUUGGUAUAAUGUACUUUUAAGAGCGUACCCUGGAUUUGUAAUAUGUAAAAAUGAUGAAUAUGAGAGUAAACACUGUUGAUAUCAUGUGCUCUGUAUAGUUAUGUAAAGGAUAGGAAGUCUAGGAAGUAUAUAUUUUUGUAUAUAUUAAGUUUGAAAUCUGGUUCCAUAUUAUGUCAAAAACAAGAAUAUAACUCAGCAUGAUGGACCUGUUAGUUGUCACGCAAGACUUAAUUGUGUACUGGUGCUGAGAUUAUUGUGAGCUCAACGAGGGGGUUGGGGAGUUAGUUAUCAGCUUUGGCUAAUCCUUAUUAUCACUUGUUCAUGAUGAAAACUGGUUACCCCCAGCUGUGUUCUAGCCUUAAUAGAAAGUUCAUCUAGGCCUAAACAGAACUUGUGUACAAUGAGAAAUAUGGACAUGACUCUCUUAUAGGUCAAAUGCAGUACGUUAAGGAUUGUGCCUGGGACAUGUUGUGAUGAUGUGCAUUAUAUAAGUUGGAGACUUUUAGUUUAUAUGUAAAAUGUAAGUAAAUAGCCUUUGUGGCAGCUAGAGUGUUCACACUGGCCUCAUCAUGAAAACAUAGUUCAAGGCACAUUAUCCAGUAUAUUACAUUGAGACAUUGGCGACUUGGGGAUUAUCUCCCUUGUUGUUAGCCAUUAAUGUAAUUCAGACGUUUCCGGCAUUUUACACUCAUUUAUUGCUGUUUAUUUUGACAAAUGUACUUUUAUGCAGUUGUCAUCAGAUUUUCACUACAUGU